AUUUCAUGGUCUUAAUAAACAUGGUUUUUCUAUAGGAGUGGCAGAUUGUAACUGUCUGCAACAUCCAAGCCCAUGCUUCCAAAUCCAAUUUGGAGUUUUGGAAAUGAACAUUUUCAUACAAACAAGCGAAAAGAACGCUGGCAAAUAGAAAUUGUAAAUGAUUCCUUCCACAUUUGAUCCUUAGAUCAGACAAAUAACUAGUAUGUUUAGCAGCAUUCUCAUGGAUAUUCCUCUCUUCUCCAUUUCAGUCUCAUGAAACACUACAAGAUACAACCAAUAAUAGCAGGGCCACAUAAACUCCCACCUGGACACAGGUCCCUUACUUUCCAGCAGUCCUGUAGUAGGUUGAAUGAGGCAGAAGUUCUGAGAUGGGGAAAGGAAAGACCUCCAUUUUCCAGCUCCUCACAUAUGCUGAUAUAGUUGAUAGAUGCCUGAUGUUUUUGGGUACAGUGGGAUGCAUUGGGGAUGGCAUGAUGAAUCCUUUAACAAUGUUGGUUCUUGGUAGUACGAUCAACACUUAUGGGACUGCAGGUAACUUGCUCACCAGUGCCGAUGCCAACAAGUACACCAUCAAGUUACUAUUUGUGGCAUUUGGAGUUGGAAUAGCCGCUUUUCUUGAAGGAUUCUGUUGGACCAGAACUGCUGAGAGACAGACAUCACAGAUCAGGAGGAAGUACCUUGAGUCUGUCUUGAACCAAGGUGUCAGUUUCUUCGACACCAACAGUUCUACAGCAGCUACCUACCAAGUAGUCUCGAGCAUCUCGUCUGAUGCUGACACAAUUCAAGAUGUUCUAAGUGAGAAGAUACCCAACAUCCUCUCCAAUGUUUCAGCAUUCUUCUCCUCUAUCAUUGUAGCCUUCAUACUCUCAUGGAGGCUGGCAUUGGUUUCUCUCCCAUUGUCUCUUUUCAUUGCUCCUGGGGUUGUUUAUGGAAAGCUCCUGAUGAAGGUGGCAGUAGAUAUGAGAGAGGCAUAUGGAAUUGCAGGUGGAAUAGCAGAGCAGGCAAUCUCUUCAAUCAGAACAGUAGUCUCAUAUGUUGGAGAGGAAAAGACUCUGGAGAGGUUCAAUCAAGCUCUUGAAAGAACUACAGCACUUGGGAAAAAACAAGGCUUUAUAAAGGGAGUAGUUGCUGGGAGCAUGGGGAUCGUUUAUGCAGUAUGGGCUUUUGAUGCAUGGUUUGCAAGUGUCUUGGUGACAAAAAUGGGAGCUCAAGGAGGCUAUGUUUUUGUUGCUUCAAUAUGUGUCAUCCUGGGGGGACUGUCUAUUAUGAGUGCACUCCCUAAUGUCAAAUACUUCUCUGAGGCAAUAAGUGCUGCUUCAAGACUAUUUGAAAUGAUUGAGAGCGUCCCUCCUCAAAAACCCAAUGAAGCAAGAGGAGAAACUAUAGAAGAGCUAAGGGGAGAAAUCAAAUUCAAGAAUGUCUUUUUCACUUACCCAUCGAGACCUGAUAGCACAGUCCUCUGUGGCCUCAAUCUUAAGGUGGCAGCAGGUCAAACCAUUGGCCUGGUUGGUGGUAGCGGCUCCGGCAAAUCCACAGUCAUCUCUCUACUCCAAAGGUUCUACAAUCCAGACAAAGGAAAAAUCCUCUUGGAUGGUCACAAUAUCAGAAGAUUGCAGCUGAAGUGGCUCAGAUCUCAGAUGGGCCUGGUCAGUCAGGAGCCAGUUCUCUUCGCAACUACCAUCAAAGAGAACAUACUAUUUGGUAAUGAGGAAGCCUCAAUGGAUCUCAUUGUCAGUGCAGCAAAGGCAGCGAAUGCGCAUGAUUUCAUCACUAAAUUACCAAAUGGAUAUGACACUAAUGUAGGGCAAUUUGGUUUUCAGAUGUCUGGAGGGCAAAAACAAAGGAUAGCAAUUGCCAGGGCACUGAUCAGAAACCCAAAGAUACUGCUGCUGGAUGAAGCCACCAGUGCAUUGGAUGCUCAAUCUGAAAGACUUGUGCAAGAUGCACUAGAGCAGGCUGCAGUAGGGAGAACAACUAUUAUUGUUGCUCACCGGCUUGCUACGCUUAGUAGAGCAGAUGUGAUUGCUGUUCUUCAGAUGGGGAAAGUGGUAGAAAUUGGUACCCAUGAUCAGCUCAUCCAAAAUUAUGGGGAAUGUGGAAUCUACUCUAGAAUGGUACAACUACAGAAAGCAGCUGUCAGAGAAGAAGUUUCACAAACAGAGAAAAGGAGAAGUCCUAGUAGGACGAGGAGCACGGCGAGUUCAUUUGGUUCAAGCAUGUCUGGCAGUGAAGAAGAUUCAUUUGCCGAAGAAGGUGAUUCUUCGGGUCUAAAACAAGGAAAAUAUAAUCAUUCUAACCCCUCUCAAUGGCGUCUAAUGAAAAUGAAUAAGCCUGAGUGGAAGAGAGGAGUGCUAGGGUGCAUUGGUGCAGUUACAUAUGGUGCAAUCCAGCCCAUUCAUUCCUUCAGCUUGGGAUCAGUUCUGUCUGUCUACUUCCUCCAAGACAAUGAACUUAUCAGGUCAAAGACCAGACUUUAUUGUUUCAUAUUUAUGUCAUUGGCUCUCAUCACUCUUGCUGCAAAUAUCAUGCAACACUACAACUUUGGAUUCAUGGGAGAGUGCUUGACCAAGAGGGUGAGGGAAAAUUUUUUAGAGAAGGUUCUGUCCUUUGAGAUUGGGUGGUUCGAUGAGGAAGAAAACUCGAGUGCAGCAAUUUGUGCAAGGCUAGCCACAGAAGCCAACCAGGUUCGGUCCCUUGUCGGAGACCGUCUAUCCCUGCUGCUCCAGGCCUUCACAGGGAUUUCACUGUCUUUCAUGCUUGGACUUGUGAUCACAUGGAGGCUGGCAAUUGUGAUUAUAGCUGUCCAGCCUCUGAACAUAUCCAGUUUCUAUCUGAAAAAAGUUCUGCUCACCAACAUGUCCAAGAAGGCCAAGAAGGCCCAAAUUGAAGGAAGCCAGUUAGCUAGUGAAGCUGUAGUAAACCACAGAACCAUCACUGCAUUCUCUUCUCAGAAGAGGAUGUUGACCCUCUUCUACAUUGCUCAAGAAGGGCCAAGGAAGGAGAACAUCAGGCAGUCUUGGUUCUCAGGCUGCUGUCUGUUCCUCUGCCAGUUCACCAUCACGGCCACGACGGCAUUGGCCUUCUGGUAUGGGGGGAAGCUAAUGGAGAAAGGCCUGGUAACCUCGAGACAUUUGUUCCAAGCUUUCUUCAUCUUAAUGAGCACAGGUAAAUAUAUAGCAGAUGCAGGAAGCAUGACUUCUGAUUUGGCCAAGGGAGCAGAUGCAGUCAGGUCGGUUCUCGAAAUACUCGACAGGAAAAGUAGCAUCGAGCCAGAUGAUCCAGAAGGAAUUAAGGAGAACGCUGCCAUUAUAGGUGAUAUUGAGCUCAAGAGUGUGUCCUUUUGCUAUCCAACAAGGCCUGGAAGGAUGAUUCUGAAUGGACUAAGUCUGAAGAUUGGUUCUGGGAAGACGGUAGCAUUGGUCGGACAGAGUGGCUCUGGAAAAUCUACUAUCAUAGGUUUGAUUGAAAGAUUCUAUGACCCAUCAAAGGGCUUUGUAGAAAUUGAUGGAAACAACAUCAAAAGCUAUAACUUGAAACACCUUAGGUCCCAUAUUGCAUUGGUCAGCCAGGAGCCUAGUCUCUUUGCAGGUACCAUUCGUGAUAAUAUCUUGUAUGGAAAAGAGAGUUCUACCGAGACCGAGAUUGAAACUGCAGCAAAGCUUGCCAAUGCUCAUGAAUUCAUAAGCUCCAUGGAGAAUGGCUAUGAAACCUACUGUGGAGAGAGAGGAGUUCUACUCUCUGGUGGGCAAAAACAAAGAAUUGCACUAGCUCGAGCGAUACUGAAAAAUCCUGUAAUCCUGCUCUUGGAUGAGGCCACCAGUGCACUUGAUAGCGUGUCAGAGAAUCUAGUUCAGGAUGCAUUAGACAAGAUGAUGACAGGUAGGACAUGUGUUAUUGUGGCUCAUCAGCUAUCUACCAUACAAAAAUCAGACACCAUAGCACUGAUAAAGAACGGAAGAGUCAAAGAACAAGGAUCGCAUUCAGAUCUACUUGCUGUAGGAAGUGGUGGCUUGUACUAUGAACUCAUAAAAUUACAGCAAGGUAGCUCACAUGAUAUACAACCAACAACCAAAUGAGAUUGUGUACUAAAGUUUGGUUAGGUAGUCAUGUAGUGCUAUUAGCUAUGUGUUUGAAGAUUUGCUAAGUACAUUGCUCGAUAAUAUAUAGCCAUAUGAUGCUUCCUAUAGACAAAUCUUUGUUAAGAAUUUUAUGUCAUCAUUAUUAUUUAUGAUUCUGAGGAAUACUUGGAAUGGUUCAUUUCAGUAGUUUGAGUUUCACACCUGAUCCUUACUUAUAGAUUUUUUAAGAGAAAUGUAUCGAAAAAGCUGCAGUUUUCCGCAUGUUAAAACAUGCUUUAGUAGCCUAAUGCCUGUUUGGAAAUGAAACAAGAACCCAAUGUUUGAAACACAUCAAGGCAGCUAAAGAUGUAUUAGUCUCUAUUUUUCAAGGAUAACCAAUCCCUUUUCCAAGAUAUUUUUUUCAAAUUUAAAUUUAAAGUAAGGAUUAGUUUCCCCUUCCAGCUAUCCUAUCCCCAUCAUUUCCAUACACCUGAUUUCCAACAUAUUUGUAAGAUUAUAAGAUUUUAUCGAGCCGAUAGAUAACAUGGUACCAGAGUCAUUGGUGUCUCUAAUCUGUCAAAGCCAUGGACACCAUUCUGACCUACUCAUGACUGAUAAUGCUAUUUGCUGACAUCCAGACAUACAUAAAGUCACAAACUAUGCCUUGGCAUCUGUUUGAUGGUUUGUCAUGAAGGUGCUAUUUGCUUUGCUUGAGCACAAGCACAUCAUAUGUGCAACUGAAGAGGCCUUCUUGUGAACUAGACCUAAUGCAGUUAUUUCAUUACCACUUUGAGAUCCAUGCUUUGCAUCUCGAGCAUAAUAGCCAUAUCACAUCAUGAUAUUGAUAACCUGACCAUGUUCUCUCCUUCUUGUCAUGGAUGUUCAGCUUAGUGGCUCAAUCAGUGGGCUCUUAUAGUUUGUGAACAUUCAUGUUCAUAUUGCUGGUUAAGAUUUAUGGGAUCCUAUUGAUGUCAUGGAUUGAGGGAUAUUGCCAUCUAUUUUUUGUUAGGCCCACUUUUAGGGCUAUUUAGAUACUUGUAAUUCCUAUUGCUGCAAUUGGAAUUGUAGUUGCAACCGAAAUAUACUAUUAAUAAUUAUUAGUUAUUAACAUAGGAAGUGCUAUAAAAUAUAUACUUAUUAAUAUAAU